UGCUGUUUGGCCGCAAUCAUGGCGACAACGCCGACAACCACUCCCAUGUGCAUGGAUGGAGUGUCGGUCGCCGCGGUCAGGCGGUUCAUGUCACAGCUGGGCGAUUAUUAUCCGGGCGGCUUUGAUCACGUGACGACAGCAGACGCGUGCAUCAAGCCUGUCAUGCACCGAACACGCGAGACCCAGUGCAGCGUUGUGGAUCUGCUGCGAAGCACCAACCCAGAAGAGGUUAGGCCAGCCACCGUGUUUGUCUCACAUGCGUGGCAGUACAAGAUUGUUGACGUGCUCACUACCAUGCUGGAGUAUGCCGAGGCGGAGGACGAGAAACACAAGAAUGAAGAUGAUGGAACCAAGAAAGAGACGUUCUUUUGGUUUGAUCUGUUUUGCAUCAACCAACAUCCAUCCCACAGGACCAGCCUGACGCAAGAGCAGAUCGGGACGACGUUUAAGGAAGCGAUUGCGUCGAUUGGACAAGUGCUGCUAGUGCUGACACCUUGGAGUGACCCUGUGCCGUUGACGCGCGCUUGGUGCUUGUGGGAAAUCUUCUGCGCCAUCAGCCGAGGGGAUGAUGUCUUGCUGGAGAUCAAACUGCCACAGCACCAACGCCAAGAACUGAGGCGCGCAGUCACCACUGACGCAAGCGCUAUCACCAACAUGCUGGUGGAUGUGCGGGCAGAACAUGCACAAGCACACGAGCCAGCGGACAGGGAGAUGAUCUUCAAGGCGAUUGAGGAGAGCGUUGGGUUCCAACAGCUCAACAAGGCGGUGAAGGACCAGAUGCGAGCGUGGUGCCUGGACAUGGCAGAGUCGUUUGUGGUGGAGAUGGAGCAGAAAGGCGACACCCACAGCAGCGAGUACGCACUCACGUGCCGGCAGGUUGGCAACGUCAUGGAUGAGUUUGGCGAAUGGGGCAAGGCCAUUGCCCUGUACAACAAAAACCUUGCAUGUUCUAUCGAGCAGCUGGGUCACGAGCACGAGAACGUGGGCAAGGCAUACAACAACAUUGCCAACGCACACGAUAGCCAGGGCAACAACGACAAGGCGCUUGAAUACUACCACAAGGCACUGGACAUCUUCACUGCCACCAACGGGCGCAUGCACCACAACACCGGCAAGACGUACAACAACCUUGGCGAGGCGUUUCGUGCCAAGGGCGACUACGCCAAAGCCAUCGACUGCUACCAGCAAGCCCUGGAGAUCUUCUUGGCCGAUGGCAGCGAGGAGCAUGCUGCACAGCCCCUCCUCGCGGCCGCAGCUCUAAACAACCUCGGCAGCACAUUCCAGCACAUGGGCGAUUACGCCCGUGCGCUUGAAUACCACGAGCGCACGCUGGCAAUCCGCCGCAAAGUGCUCGGGGAAGGACACCCGCAGACAGCUACCUCGUACACGAACAUCGGGGCGCUGUACCUGGAGACGGAUGAGUAUGCGCAAGCGAUUGAGCUGUUUCAGAAAGCUGUCGACAUCUACACUGUCUCCCUCGGCGAGCGCCAUCCAACAACCGCCAUGACCCUCAGUAACCUUGGCCUUGCCUACGACAACAGUGGCCAGUUGGACCAGGCCCUUGAGGCGUACAUGAGAGCACUGGACAUUGUGCUUGCUGCUCUUGGUCGCACACACAUAAUACUUGGGACCUUGUACAACAACAUUGGCAAAGUGCAUGCUGAGCGAGAUGAUGCGAGGGAGGCAAUCAAGUGGUACGAGCAGGCGUUGGAGGUCUACCGACACAACGACCUGGACACACACCCAAGUGCUGCACAGACCUACAGCAACAUGGGAAACAUGUACGAUGCACUGGGCGACUCCAGCCGCGCGCUUGCCUUCCUCACCACGGCACUGGACAUUGAACAGCGUGUGCUGGGACCAGACCACACGAGCACCGCCAAGACGCUGGAAAACAUGGGCAUCGCCUUCUCGCACCUGGGUGACCACUGUAGUGCCUUGGACCACAUUACACGCGCCCUGAACAUCUUCACGACCAAGCUUGGGCCAAAACACCCCCAGACGCGCAAGACCACAGACAAUCUCAAAACUGUGCAAGAUCGUUCCAUGGCGACGCCAAGUUGAGCCUUUGUGUGUGUUUGGUUGCAUUGACAAAGAACAUCUCGACUUAUGUUAUUUUAUGUUAAUAUUAAACCCUGG